GGGCGCGCCUGGGGCGUGUGCACUCAAGUCCAAGGGCACCGGUGGGUAUACCGGCUGCGCGUGGAAAGCUUGGGGCCGAACCGAAGAGCGGUAGAGACAGCGAGUCCUAUUCAGGAAGUCGUGUCUCCGACAGCAGAAGCAAGAUGGGGCUGCAGUGAAACCCCAAAUAUGCGAGGCGUCCGGCAGCAGGAGGCCAGGGAACACAGACGGCGCUUUCCUUGGCGGGAGCGACAGGUACGCGCGGCGCGGCUUGGCACCUACUGACCCGCGGCGGCGCCCGGCGCUGCGCUCCGCCCGGCCCGGACCUGGCCGCCCAGGGAGGGAGGGGCUAGUGAGAGGAGCCCAGACCUCGCCUCGCCACCGGGUCGCUGUCACUCCUGGCUGCCACCCCACAGAUCCCGGGCGAUCGCGCCUGCGGGAAGCCCUCCCGUGGACCGAAAGGUGCUAUUGGUGGCAUGCUCUAACCCAAAGCUGAAAGAGGAAUAAAUUCCAAGUGGCCAAGGCUGGGUCCUCUUGAGCCCAGAACUUACUAAAGAAUUGCGAGUCUUCAGCACCACACUAGCCAAGUACUAUGGAGAAUAUCAGCUCCUUCUUCAACAAUAUCUGGAAAACCAUCCUGACCAAACACCAAGAGGGCAUCUUCAACACCAUCUGCCUGGCCGUUCUCCUGGGACUGCCACUACUGGUGGUCCUCACACUCCUCUUCAUCUGUUGCCAUUGCUGCUGGAGCCGGCCAGGCAAGAGCAGCAAACAACCAGAGCAAAACAAGAGGAAGAAGAAGAAGAAAAAGAAGAAAGAUGAAGAAGACCUCUGGAUCUCUGCUCAGCCCAAGCUUCUCCAGAUGGAGAAGAGGCCAUCACUGCCUGUCUAAUGAGGAAAGAAGCAGCAAUGUCUUCCCUCUGGGGCCAGGCCUCUUUCCAGUAAUACAGAGACUAGGGAGAAGGAAUCCUUGUAGUGACAUGCUCCUGCCCACAGACUACUCAGCCAAGGAGCAAAUCUGAGUGUCUCAGUGUAGGGGAGCACAUGGAAAAUUCUUGCACUAUCUCGGCAGCUAUGUGUUCAAUACCAGUGCUCUUUGCUAUAGACCCAGACAUGCAUUACACCUGUUUUUGACAUACUCCAAACACAAAAGAACACUUACCUAUGCAUCUUAUAUGGCUUCCAAGUAUACAUACCUAUCCAUCACACAUUCACAAAUUCAGAUAACAGAUACAUGACAAAUCCAUCAAGUGACCAUUGAAUAUGUACUUUGUGCAAGGCAGUACAUUGUAUACACUUACUGAAAUGUCUCAUGGGAGGGCAUGGCCAAUUUAGACACAUAUAUACAACUAUAUAGCCAAGCAACAUUCCCAGGCCAUGUCUGUUCCAUAUGUCACUCAGGUUGGAGAUGUGUGCUUUCCUAUUCCUAUACCUACAUAGCUUUUUACUGGAAAUACUCAGAUUUGGACAUUCCAGAAACCUGAUAUAGUCCCCACCUGUUCUUAUGCUUUCUGACCCCUUACCUGGGCCUAAAAGUUUAAGCUAUGAUGGAUCAAAAUUUAUUGAAAUCUCUUUUCUUGAAACUCAUGACAAAGUCCUCAUUACCACUGACAGGUGUUUAAUGCAGGCCACUACCCCAUAACCACUCAGCAAGGUGCCCUUUUAUAAGCAAGAACAAUCAACUCUUGGCAGUGACUACUAGAAAGGUAUGGAAACCUACUUAAUCACUUCAGUGGACUGUAGUUGUAUACCUGUGCAAUGUAUGUACAGAUAGAAAGGGUAAGGAGGUACUGCAUCUGAGCUAGGUAUCUUCUGUGUAACCAAAGUUUUCAGUAGGGAAGGCACUAACACAAUCACCAGGACAGUCUCAAUGAGGGCAUACUAGAAAUUAUUUCAUAAUGUUGUAAUGGUGCGUGGUAUGUAGUAAGUGGAAUGAAGAAGUAACAGUUUAAAUGAAAGCAGGAUAAAGCUAUAAAGAAGUUUACUACUAUUUAUCUUGAAGCUCAGGCAAGUGUCUUGCACACAGUAGGUACUCAUAAGUGUAGUUGCUAUUGAAUAUAUGAUAAUAUUAAGGGUAAACUUAUAAUACCUCACCAAUCCACCCUUAAGUGACCUUCUCUUCUAAGAGAUGCCACCAGUUGCUGCAAUGGAUGAACUAGAUAGGUAUUAAGACUAGAGUUAAGUUGAUUCAUGUUCCCUGAGGCAUGAGAGGACAUGUCAACCAGAUCUGUCCUAAAUUGAAGAGAGCUCCACACUAGGCUGAGAUUGGGAGGCAGAAUUAAUCCAUCUGUAUGAUGAACUGGUUUGUAUUUUGAUCAUAUUAUGACAUAUUAUAAAGAUGAAUAAUUCCAAAUUUAGGAAUAAGUUGUACUCUAAGUUCAUUUGCGAAUCUGCUGGGGUGCGCUCUCGAAAUAUUUUCCCAUGGAAUCCACAGUGGUAAAACCACUUUCUAAUUACUAGCAUAGCUAAACUAUGAAAUUUAUAGUAGCAAAAACCUAAAUUUGAUAAGACUGUGUGAAUGGUAAGGUGUACUGUGUUUGCUCACUUGGGGCUACCUGGUACUCCAGACCUUUGUAGGGUAGACUUCUGGUGGUAACUCUUGCCCCACAGUUUUCUAACAGAAAACCCUGUGAAUCCUAAUUUAGACCUACAUGUAUUUUAGAGCCAGUCAACUUUACCCCUCACCCUACAUAGCCCUAAAUUCCAUAGGCACUCAGACCCCCCACUCAUAACCCCUUUGGCCAGAGAAAGAAGCACUUUCUGAUUCUCUGUCUCCUUGUCAUAUGGAGAGCUUGUUGUGCAGCAUCUAGCACACAUGGCAUUACCGUUCCCAUCUCCAACUCAAAGUCUUCCUAAAAUGGAUGACUUUGGGGAGACAUAGAGGCUGAUGUCAGUUAUGAUCUGGAGAGUGGAUCACCAGGAUCAGGUACCAUCCAAGUGAAAUCGUUUCCAUGGCAACUGGCUGCCAGUUUGCAUUAAGGCAGCAGUCAGUUGUCAUUGCCGUGACAAGGCCUCUGUCUCCAGGCUCAGUGUCCCUACUGUCUCCUAAUCAAAUAGACUUGCACCAGGUCCAGGCAGAGACACCCAGAAAGUCACUUCUCAGUUGUUUCCAUAGCCUGGGACUCAAGGGACCCAAACCCGAAUAGGACUUACUCCCCACCCCCCAGCCUUCUAGGCAGCCUUUGUGGAGUCCCUAGAAUGGGACAGUGCUGGUGAUAGGGCCUCACACUCUUGCUGAAUAAUGGGAAUGUGAAGGAGCCAGAGGCAAUGUAUGGUGUCCUCUCUCUUUUCUUCCCAAUUUAUUCUUACCUUCUCCAUUCUUUUCUUGUUCCCUUUUCUCCCUGCUCCAUGCCAGUUCCAUCCCUUUAUUCCUCUCUACUUUUUCUCUUUUCUUCCCAACCUCUGUUCCAGAACUGCCAUUAACACCUGGAGGGGGACCUCAGGCCUGUGCCUACUUAGCUCCUUUGGGGAGGUUUAGUCAAUGGGGGACAAAAGAGGGGCUUCAUAAAGAAGAGGCCACCUAAACUCACACAGGCUCAGGAAGGGAGGUCCUCCCACCCAGACGUCUGACCAGCCUCAACCAGACUCAGACACAUCAGAAGAGGUCUUUUCUCUGUCGUUCAAUGGAUUUGCUUUUUUUAAUUAAUAUCUUGUGAGGGAAAGAGGGAAAUGUAAAGAAAGGACAGUCACCUUUGAAGAAGAAUAUAUAAGUGAUCAAAGUUGUAUAGUAUUUGUCAGUAUUUUUCUGCAAAAUUUAAACACAUACAAAAAUUUAUUUAAAUAAAUAUUUUGAAAAUGAAAUGGCAUGCCUGGCCUCUUUACUUGCUGGAAUCAGUCACUUCCUUAACUUUAGGUAUGACAGUGAUCACUCAGAAAUGAUGGAUCAGGGAACUCUCCCUCUGGAGCACAAAAGGCCCAGCCUUUUUCCCAGCAGAGUCAUAGGUCAGAGAACCAGGAAUGUGGCUUUCUUAUCCCCUCUUUGCAAUCCAGACAGCCUCAGAGCAUGAAAUUCUCAGCAGUGCCAGCUGCAGAAAAACACAGUGAUGUUCCCUGGCAACACCUACAGAACUUUCCCUUCAAUGAGGUCAAGCAAUGUCUUCUUACAGGAAAAGGGGAAUAGCAAAGACCUAGGAAAAUUAGACCUCUGGGUUAAUCUGGGCAGGAAAAGACCA